AAGCGCCGCAGACACACCACUGACCGCCUUCGAUUGAGUUCGCCGGGAUUCGGUUCACAGUCCAAGUUCGGCCCGUGCCAGGUGCAGAUGAUGAUCCGCUCACUCAAUUAGCGGCUCGCACCUCCGAAAGCGAGCGACGUCAUCGGUGCACCACUAUUGAGUUCACUUCACUCCAUUCCCUUUCAUCUCAUUUCAUUUCGGUUCAGUUCGAUUUGGUUCGAAAUCGGUUUGGCAAUCGUCUGGAGGUAAACAGGCAUAAAUUGCACGCUCUAACGUAAACAAAUAGCGUUCGGAGCAGACGAAUAUGAGUUCCAAAAGAGAUCGGCAGUCGGGAAUGUCUCUUCGAAUGGCGCAGUUUACGGUUUUGGCCAUCCUUCUGGCCGCAGUGCACAGUGCACAUGGAUUCCACGAGGAGACCCAUUAUCCCUGUGCCUUUAUCGAUACCGCGAAAAUCACGGGGAGCUACGACCUGAACGGUUCCUACGUCCACAACUGGACCGUGAUCCCCCGCCAUUUGGUGGCCGUCUACGACUUCGUCAUCGAGAACGGCAUCCGCAUCCCGGCCACCCGACACCUGAGGGGCUGCGUCUGCAAGACGAGGCCCUGUGUGCGGAUCUGCUGCCAGGAGGGCGAGGUCUACGACCUGGAGAGGCGCCAGUGCGCAGUCCCCGCCGCCGGGCUGUCCAGCCUUCCCGCCCAGAGCCACAUGGCGGUGGAGCUGAGCAACGGCAGCCUGAGCGACAUGGAGCUGCAGCCGCACUUCAGCGUCCACGUGGACACGCCGUGCGACCACAUGAAGGCGGUCACCAAGGGGUCGGAGUUCGUUCACUGGACCCUGCACGAGAACGGAACCAUCAGCCACCGGGGUCACGUCUUCUCCAAGCACUACUGCUUCACCCCGCUGCUCCACGAGAACUCCACCUGGGAGUGGCAGCCGCUGGCCUGCGCCCCCGAGAAGCUCCACUUCGUUUUGGGUGUGCGGGAGUGGACCUACGCUAUAUGCCUCCUCAUCGCGAUACUAUCGAUGUUCAUCGUGCUGAUGGUGUACCUCCUGUGCUCCGAGAUGCGCAACAGUUUCUACGGUGUGGCCAUCAAGGCGUACGCUAUAUGUUUGAUUCUGGGGUACGCUCUCCUGGCCUAUCUGACCCUCCACAACCCGGCAAACCUCUCAAACGCUGCUUGUCGAGUCCUACCUGGCUUGGCGCUGAUGUACCUGGUCCUUUCGUUCUACAUCCUGAGCUUCAUUGCCUUCAAGCUCUACUUGAGCUUCCACGGCGUGGUCUUCACCAAACUGAUGUUCUGGCUGAUCUUCACUCCGAUCGUGCUGAUCGCCGUGGGCUGGUCCUUCUUUGUGGUCUUCAGCUAUUACGGCUCCCGGCUGAUCUUCGGGGGAGAUACUUGUUGGUUCGAUCCUCGCAAUUGGUCCAUUAUGAUCUACUUGUACGCCCCCAUUUUCGUGGCCUGCGCCAUCAGCGGAUUCUUCUAUAUCCUCAGCCUGAUUUACCUCAGUGAGCAGCCGGAGUUGGAGAAGAACUUUGAGUCAAUCGAGAAGAACCGCUUCAAGUCCUUUUGGAAGUACGUCGGCUACACAGCGCUCGUGUGGCUCGUUUGCGUGAGCUCCUUCGCAAUCAACUACUAUCGGGAAAACCGAUCGCACCUCAACUACGCGGUGAGCUUCUGCAUGGCCUUCCAUGGAUUCGCGGCCCUCUAUGCCCUGAUAGGAAAGAAUCAGCAGAUCCAGAAUUUUCUGCGUCGCAUAGACAAUGAGGAGGACACCUGUGAGAACUCCGUUCCGCUGUCAAGUUUUGGUUAAAAUUUGAUUAAGGCAAACAGUGCCGUGGUCACUGUGCAGUUUUAGUGCCACUGGAAGCAAUCAGUCGUUUCGACAAAACCUGAGCAAUGGUUCCAAAACCAACUGUCAGUGUUGACAAAAACCAGUGGUCUUAGUACGAGAAACACUGUAAAAUAUUUGUUGUAUGUCUAGAAGGUUUUGUAAAAUAAAUGUAAAGUAGCCUUUUUUAACAC